AUGGAUGAUAAUUUUAAGAAAUUGAUUGAAUCUACAUAACCAGAAUCUGUAUCCACUAUCAGACUAUGUAAAAGAUUAGGAUAUCGUCCAUAAGAUCUCACAUAUAAGUAUUUGUAUAUUCUAUACUCUAUAGAUCCAUAGAUGAAUUUUAAUCUGUCAAUAAUGAGUUAAGAUAAGUAAAAUAUGAUCAUUACAAAGCUAGAGUGCUUAGUAAAAUCUUAAAUUUUAAAUAAAUUAGAAAUAGUAAAUGAAAUUAACAAUGUGAGAAGUAGAAACAAAACUACUGGUUUAUCUGAGUUACCUUCUUAAACCAAUGUUCAAUUUUCUUCCAUUGUUGAUACUAUAGAGGAAUAAUCUUAAAACAUAUCUAGUAAGGAUAGAGUGCUUUAGAAUCUUAUUUAUUAAGAACUUCUAAGAUAAAAAAAGUUUGCUUAAUAUUAUCAAUAAAACAAUAAAAUUUAAGAUCGUAAAACUAAAUUGCCAACCUAAUCAUCUUAAUAAAUUACAAUCUAAUCAAAGCCAUCUACUUAAUUAUUGAAAACAGAAUAAUCAAAUAAAAAAUGUGAAACUCAUCGUGAAUAUGAGAAUAAAGACAAAUUCUUUAUAACUUCAAAUGAAAAGUUUCUUGUUAAAAGAUAAUAAAUUCUAUAAUAAGAGGAAAUAUAAUAAGAAGAAUAAAUCUAAAAAUUAAAAGAAAAGGGUAACUAUGUAUUUAUCAUUAGAAAAGAAAGCAAUAGAGAGAAUUCAAUAAUUUAAGAGUGAAUUAAAAUAACAUUUUCAAAAAUCCAAUCUAGAAGAAGUGAAAAAUAAAAAAGAACAACUUGAUAAUGAAUAAUAUUAAAUGUUGAUUACUAAAUAAUGUGAAAAAUUGUAAAAGUUGAGAUUAAAAUAAAGUUAACUUAAUAAACCAUUCAAAUAGUAAAUUUAAAUUAGAAAUAAAACAUAAUCAUUAGUUUUUGAUCAUGAUUUACAAUAAAAAAUUGAUAAUAAAAUUGAAAGAGUAGUUAAUUUGAAAUCAUAAUUACUAUCAGAACGAUAAAAAAUUAUAAGUGAGAAACUAAAAAUCAAUUAAGAUGAUGUAAAUUUCAAUAAAUAUCAUAAUGAAUAAUUGAAGAUUAAGGAAGAAAAUAAAAGAAUUGGAAAAAUACAGAAGAAUCACAAACAGAAUUCUUAUCAAAUUGACUUGAAACAUUAAUUGUUAGAAAAACAUAAAAAAGAAUCAGUAUGGGAAUAAGUGAAUCGUGUUAGUCAUUUAUUUUCUAAUCCAGUAGAAUAUGAUGGAUAUAGAACACAGAUGAAAUUAUUAUUGAAUAAAUAAAGAGAGACACUUGAUCCAAAAUAUUAGAAUCGCAUAGAUAUAUUAUAUUAAUUGUUACCCUCAUAAAUGGCAGAAAAAGUGUUAUAAUGA